UGUCCAUUCACGACUGGUGUGUUGAAGUGCGUAACGGAAGUCUGUCCUGGGUGGCCACCUAGCGUCAGCGGUGAGCUUCACACAAUGGGUCACAGAGUAAAGCCUCCAAACACCGGUAUUUUGUAUUCCUACACCGUACUCGACAAAUUGUUUGCAGCGAACUCCUCGACAGAAGAACGCAACCGACACUUUUAAAGGGCUUAUCACUAAGCAUUAAGGUCGUCGGACGGAGCAGACGCAAACGCGCAAAUUGGAGAGUCUGCUUUCUGGUGAUACUCGUCAGACUUCAGCCUUGCCUAGUUGGAUUUGUAGCCAGAGGAUUUAUCUCGUGUGGGAUAUUGUCAUUAGAGAGAAACGGAGACCGCGCACAACGGAAGACGCGCUUGUAGCGACAGGUAUCCUGUCUUCAGCAACAUGAGGCGAUAGCAUUGGGCCCCUCCUGACUACCCCAACCCCAGGGGAGGAGAAGCACCUGACCGCACCACACACCCCCUCUCCUCUCCCCCGCCCCAACCCCCUUCCCCACUCCAGCCAACGGAGAGUGGGAGGAGGAGGAGGAGGAGGAGGAGGAGAACACCAAGAGGAGGAACCAGAGGAGGAGGUGCAGGAGAAGUCUUUACCCUCUACCCUCUACCCCACCCCUCAGCCCUACAUUGGGGAGGAGGAGGAGGAGGAGUAAAGUAGUGGUAGGAGCUCCAGGAAAGAAGAAGAGUAGGAGGAGGAGGAGGAGUCCCAAAAGGAGCAGCACAGAAGGAGGUGCCAAGGGAGGAGAAUAACAGCGGAAGAGAAAUAAAGCAGGAGGAGUAGGAGGACGCAAAGGAGGACGCAAAAGGAGAAGGAGGAGGAGGAGGAGGAGGCGUGUUGGUGGGAGGGCGCAGCGGGGGUAGCACCUCUCUAAGGGGGGCAGAGGGGGGGGAGAGGAGAGCAGAGGGUGCGCCCUGGGGCCGCCGCCGGCAUGCCGAUCCUGGGGCCCCACAGCUGUGUGGGCCAGACGAGCUGCCAGAGCAACUCCUCCAAGGAGUACUGCUACUCAGCUCGCAUACGCAGCACCGUGCUGCAGGGGCUGCCCUUCGGGGGCGUGCCCACCGUACUGGCACUCGACUUCAUGUGCUUUCUGGUGCUCCUGUUUGUAUUCUCCAUCCUGAGGAAGGUGGCCUGGGACUAUGGCCGACUGGCACUGGUCACCGAUGCGGACAGACAAAAGAAGAAAAGGUUCAGUGGCCUGGAGGAGAGGGAGUAUGUGGCCUCUGCUAUGCACUCUGAGACACCAGACCGCUAUGAGCGCCUCACAUCAGUCUCCAGUUCAGUGGAUUUCGAGCAGCGGGAUAACGGCUUCUGCUCCUGGCUCACUGCCAUAUUUAGAAUAAAAGAUGAGGAGAUCCGUGAGAAGUGUGGUGAGGACGCGGUGCACUACCUCUCCUUCCAGAGGCACAUCAUCGGCCUGCUGGUGGUGGUGGGAGUGCUGUCAGUGGGCAUCGUGCUGCCAGUCAACUUCUCUGGAGACCUGCUCGACAACAAUGCCUACAGCUUUGGCCGGACCACGAUAGCCAAUCUAAAUGCAAGGAACAAUUUGCUGUGGCUUCACACGUCCUUUGCCUUCGUGUACCUGCUACUGACGGUGUACAGCAUGCGUCGCCACACCUCCAAGAUGCACUACAAGGAAGACGACCUGGUCAAACGCACUUUAUUCAUCAAUGGCAUUUCCAAGUAUGCAGAAGAACUCCACAUAAAGCAGCACUUUGAGCAGGCCUAUGAGAACUGCGUGGUGCUGGAAGCCCGGAUCUGCUACAAUGUGGCCAAACUCAUGUCUCUGAAUGCUGAAAGGAAAAAGGCGGAGCGCAGUAAAAAGUUCUUCACGGACUUGAUGUCUAAGGAGCACGUGCCCACCAUGAUCAACCCCAAACCCUGCGGACACCUCUGCUGCUGCGCCAUCACAGGCUGCGAAGAGGAGGAGGCGGUGAGCUACUACACCAAGCUGGAGGCCAAGCUGAAGGAGGAGUACAGGAGGGAGAAGGAGAAGGUCAACACCAAGCCUCUUGGCAUGGCCUUCGUCACCUUCCAGAACGAGGCCAUGACCGCCAUUAUCCUGAAGGACUUCAAUGCGUGUCAAUGCCAGGGUUGCCAGUGUCGUAAUGAGCCGCGCUCCUCCCAGUUCAGCGAGGGCCUCCACGUCUACAACUGGAGCGUCACCUACGCCCCCGACCCACAGAACGUCCGCUGGGAGCAUUUGUCUCUGGGGGGUGUGGUCUGGUGGAUCCGCUGCUUUAUCAUCAACAUCAUCCUCUUCCUCCUGCUCUUCUUCCUCACCACGCCGGCCAUCAUCAUCUCCACCAUGGACAAGUUCAACGUCACCAAACCCGUCGAGUACCUCAACAACCCCAUCGUUACCCAAUUCUUCCCCACUCUGCUGCUGUGGGCCUUCUCCGCCCUGCUGCCAACUAUCGUCUACUACUCGGCUUUCUUCGAGGCCCACUGGACACGGUCGGGAGAGAACAGGACCACCAUGCACAAGUGCUACACAUUCCUAAUCUUCAUGGUCUUACUGUUGCCAUCACUGGGACUUAGCAGUUUGGAUGUCUUCUUUCGCUGGCUGUUUGACAAGAAGUUCCUGGCCGAUGCUGCCGUGAGGUUUGAGUGUGUGUUCCUGCCCGACAACGGAGCGUUCUUCGUGAACUACGUGAUCGCCUCCGCCUUCAUCGGUAACGCCAUGGACCUGCUGCGCAUCCCCGGCCUGCUCAUGUACAUGAUCCGCCUGUGUCUGGCGCGCUCCGCAGCCGAGAGGCGCAACGUCAAGCGGCACCAGGCCUAUGAGUUCCAGUUUGGCGCUGCCUACGCCUGGAUGAUGUGCGUCUUCACCGUCGUCAUGACGUACAGCAUCACCUGCCCAAUCAUAGUGCCCUUCGGUCUGAUGCACAUGCUCCUGAAGCACCUGGUGGACAGGUACAACAUGUACUACGCCUACCUGCCCUCCAAGCUGGACAAGAAGAUCCACUCGGGGGCGGUCAACCAGGUGGUAGCCGCCCCCAUCCUCUGCCUCUUCUGGCUGCUCUUCUUCUCCACUGUCCGCAUAGGGUUCCUGGCCCCUACUUCCAUGUUCACGUUCGUGGUGCUCAUCAUCACCAUCGUGGUGUGCCUGUCUCACGUCUGCUUCGGACACUUCAAGUACCUGAGCGCUCACAACUACAAGAUUGACAACAAGGACACAGACUCAGACAGUGGCGUGGAAAAUGGCCGGCCAUCACGGGCGUCACCAACUGCCAAGACAGCCCAGCAACAGUCGUACAUCGCCCAGGUGCUGCAGGACCCCAACGCGGACGAGGCGGGCUGCGGGGUCAGCCUCAGCAGCGCGGGCGAGGAGGAGGAAGGAGACGGCCGGGGAGGAGGAGGAGGAGGAGGAGGCGGCAGGGGAGGUGGUGCUGGAGGAGGAGGAGGUGGAGGAGGAGGAGGAGGAGGUGGUGGUGGAGGUGGAGGAGGGGGCUCCUCGCAGGACGAGGAGCUAAUCAACGGCGGGGGCUCUCUCAACGAGGCCGACUUCCAGUCGGGCGAGGACAGCCUGAUUGCCAACGAGGUGCACCAGUGACUAGCGCCCGUGGUGGAGGGG